UGACUGACUCAUGACUGUGCUGUGGCGUUGGAAAGCUGAAUGAUCUUGAAUCGAAUCGUGAUGGCGAAACUUUGAUCUUGGAUCUGCUUCUUUGUUCUUGGAGGCUUCAUUUUGUUUCAUAGCCAUAGGUGAGCGGCUGUGGAGCGACGAAGCUCUCAUAAGAACGCGACGGCCAUAUUCUAAGGAUGAGCGAGCUGGAAUUUGCAGAGGACCAGCCACCUCGAAGUUUGUCACCUUCCUCUCUCGGAGAAGAAUAUGAGCUGAAGAGAAUACCAAGUUCUCCUGGGAGAUCGCUUGCAAGCAAGACCAAGCGAAACUGCGCAACAAUGGCACAGAAUCCUGGACCAGAAAAGAUUACGUUCUUGGUGGAGAAUUCCCGUGUAACGGUGGAAGCCAGUCUGCUUGCUUCUCGCCCUGACACGAUGCUUGGUAAAAUGUUUUCUCUCUCCUGUGUUGAGGGUCGUUUGACUAGGCCUAACGAUGACGGCGAUUACACGCUAAAGGGUGUUUCACUGGACGUGUUUCGCUGUAUCCUGGAGUAUUACAAGUCUGGCGUGAUGUACUGCCCGCCUCAUGUACACAUUCGAGAUCUGAGAGAGGCAUGUGACUAUUUGCUGCUACCGUUCAACGAAAGAACUGUUCGCUGCAGUGAUUUCUGUGCCCUGCUGCAUGAGCUGUCCAAUGAUGGUGCAAAGCUGCUGUUUGAGUCCUACCUCUCGGAGCAGAUUCUUCCCGUCAUGGUCCAGUGUGCCAAGCGUGGCGACAGGGAGUGUCAUAUCGUUUUCCUGUGCGAGGAUGAUGUCGUUGAGUGGGAUACUGAAUACCCACCCACUACAGGAGAAGAAUACUAUGAAGUCAUACGCUCGACCAAGCUCUACCGCUUCUUCAAAUACGUGGAGAACCGUGAUGUGGCCAAAGAUGUGUUGCGUGAGAGGUCCUUGAAGAAAAUUCGCUUUGGAAUUGAAGGCUAUCCUACUCAUAUGGAAAAGUUACGCCGCCGUCCGAACAGUGACCGUACCGAGGUUGUCUACAACUACGUUCAGCGGCCGUUUGUGCACUGCGGCUGGGAAGUGGAGGAAGCACGGUCGCGCCACGUUGACUUUCAGUGCGUCAAGCCGAAAGCAGGCAUUGCUCCUGACCCGGAGGCUGCGUAUCUUAUUGCAGGUGAGCCAGCAACAGAUCAGCAAGAAGGAGACUGAACCAUCCAUGGUGCUAUGCUGCGACAUGUGCACUGCUCUCUGUUGAGCUUUGAUUUGCAAGUCUACAGUACCCUGUGCUAUUGCAUCACGGCAGCACUGUUUCUGUCUAUGCCCUCUGGAGCUCAUGUCUGGGGAAGCCGGCUCUGAAUCCACUGGCAUGCCAUGACUCUAUAGUCAGCCACGUCCUAUGCCAUCGCUUCUGAUGCCUGCAGAAAAUUCUCCUCUCCCGUCUCGGAGAGUUUGGGUAAGUUUUCGUUCAGGACUCGUUUGGCAUUUUGGACCAACUGGGCCAUCAUUCUGGAGUAGGCCCGAACUUAUGAUGUUAUUCUAUUCUAUUUUCAUCCACUUGACACCAGCAUCUAUCAAACUUUACUUGGGGGCCCUGCGAAAGUAUACUGUUCCACUUGCCAUUUGAUUUUGGGAUGUGAAUAUUAGCCUGUCGCUUUGCCAGUUCCUGCAAAUCAUACAAGACUCACUCUAGAAAAACAUGAAAUGCCUUUCAUUCUAUGUGCUUUCUGAUAAUGACCAAAAUUAAUCUCUUUGGUGUUGAUGCUAUGAGAUGUCUUCGACUCUUUAUACCAGCAGGCAUGUUUGUGUCUUUUUAGUACUACCGCUACCUACGCUACUUUGCUCUUUGGAUCCACUUGAUCAUCUGCAGUGCGGCUUUUUACCAAACGUCAAUGUAAAACACUUAGUACUGGUACUCGCAACAUAUUUAUGAGAUCAGUGACCCGUAGAAGCUUUAGAAAAUAGACCUGUGCUGCCUUUGUCCCAUGCUUAUUUGUGUCCUAUUUUGCUUAUUCUCUCUCUCUUUCUCUCUCUCUCUCUCUCUCUCUCUCUCUCUCCUGAUAUAUUGCCAUAGUUUAUAUUUCUGUUAUGACUUAUUAGUGUGAGUAUGUUGUCUCCGCUCAUUCCAGAAAUACUUCAUAUCGGAUUAUCCCUGCACGUGCUAGCAGCUAUUUGCCUCGUGAAAACGCCCUCGAAACGUUGCCAUCUCAUUGUCAACCAUGUUGUCCAUGCUUUUUGCCACAGAAAAACACUAUCGCAAUUCUUAGUAGUCUUA